AUGGGCGCUGAAGAUAAGACGACAAAGACUCAGCCUGAGAUGGCUCAGCCCGAGCAUCACCGUCCUGCAUCCAUUCGCGGCAUUGACGGCGAUGAGAUCAACACGAUCAACGAUGGCGGCGACAUCAUGGACUCCAAGGAGCAAUCCGACGAGCCCGUGCAAAACAUUUUCAACCAAGGCGGCAAGAACUACAGAACUCUCGGCAAAUGGGACACAGUCUUCGUCCUGGUCACCAACCAAGUGGGACUCGGGGUUUUAUCACUUCCAGGGUGUCUCAAGGUCCUCGGAGUGAUUCCUGGGAUCAUCGCGAUUAUUGGCCUCGGUUCGCUGUCUGCAUACACUGCCUAUGAACUCCUCCAGUUCUACAGAAAGUAUCCCCACGUCGUUAACGUCGUCGAUAUGUGCGGUAUCAUCGGAGGUCGACCACUCGAGAUCAUUGCAGGUAUUGGUUUGAUGAUCAAGGUUAUGAUGACCUGUGCGUCUGCCAGUGUGACAUUAUCAGUUGCUUUCAACACCCUCAGCAAUCACGCAUUCUGUACUGUCAGCUUCGUCAUCAUCGCCGUUGUCGCUUGCUGGGUCCUUUGUCUCCCUCGAACCGUCAAAUUCGUCUCACAAUCUGGUAUCCCCUCCACAAUCAGUAUUCUAGCCGCCGCUCUUACCGUCAUGAUCAGCUUGGGCCUCGAUACUCCCUCGCAGGCUCCCCCCGGAUGGGAUCGCGAGAUCCAGGUUAUCGGCAACCCAACCUUCCGACAAGGUCUCAACGCUUGUCUCAAGAUCUGUUACGCCUAUGCCGGAAAUAUCAGCUUCGUCUCGUAUAUGGCCGAGAUGAAGAACCCUAGCCGUGAUUUCCCCAUGGCUUUGGCUUGCCUCGAAGUCUUCUCCAUUACCCUUUACACUAUCGUCGCCGUGGCCAUCUACUGUCUCGCCGGCGAGUAUACUACCUCUCCGGCUCUUGGAUCUGCCCCCCGAAUCGCUGCCAAGGUCGCCUACGGCCUCGUUCUUCCUUGUGUGUUCGCGACAGCUAUGGCUUUCGGUCAUACAGGCAUCAAGUACAUGUAUGUUGUCGCUAUGCGAUCCAUCAAGGCUACCCACCAAGUCACAGACCGAAGUGUCAAGUCCUGGGGCAUCUGGGUUGCCUGUGUGACCCUUUACUGGAUCAUUGUCUUUGUCAUUUCAAACGCCAUUCCAAUUUUCGACUCUAUCCUCUCCAUCUCCUCCGCCACCACGAUCGCCUGGUUCACCUUUGGUCUCAGUGCCAUCUUCUGGUUCCAUAUCAACAAGGGGCAGUAUACCAAGAACUGGAAGAAGAUUGCUCUCUGCAUUAUCAACGGCAUGCUUAUCGUCCAGUCAUUGUUCAUGAACGGUGGAGGUCUGUGGUCUUCCAUCACCGAAUUGUUGAACAUAUUUGAGAACGAUAAGAGCUCCAUUCGGGGCGUCUUCUCAUGCGGUGACAACUCCAUUUAG